AUGAGUUUGUAGUGAUGCCCUUUGGUCUUUGCAAUGCACCAGGAGCAUUCCAGCACGCUAUGAAUCGGAUCUUCCAUGACCAUUUAGAUAAGCUUGUCGUGGUUUACCUUGACGACAUUCUGAUCUUUAGUAAGUCUGUCGAGGAGCAUGCACAGCACGUCGAGACUGUACUUUCACUCCUGCGACAACACAAGUAUAAGGUCAACCUAGAGAAGUGUGAGUUUGGUCGCACUAAGAUAUCAUACUUGGGUCACGAAGUAUCCGCGGAAGGGAUUAGGCCGGAAGAUGCGAAGGUGGCUAGUAUUCGAGACUGGCCACGACCUCAAACAGUCACUGAGGUCACAUCUUUCUUAGGAAUGUGCGGCUACUAUAGGAACUUCGUAAAUAAUUAUUCUACAGUCGCCUCUCCUUUGAUAGAUCUAACUCGACUUGACACGCCGUGGGACUGGAGUGAUGAGUGCGAGGGUGCUUUCAAGAGAUUGAAGCUUGCACUCAUGAAUCAUGAGGUUCUCAUGGUUCCCGAUCCUCAGAAGCCAUUCAUAGUGACCACUGACGCAAGCCAAUACGGCAUUGGCGCAGUGCUGGCUCAACAGGAAGGGAAAAAGUUGAGACCGAUUGAGUACACGAGCAAGAAGAUGCCAUCGAAGAAACUGGCGAAGUCCACCUAUGAAAGGGAACUCUAUGCUCUAUAUAAAGCACUUAUCCAUUGGAGACACUUCCUUUUGGGAAGGUUCUUCUACUUGAGGACUGAUCAUCAGACCCUCAAAUGGAUCAAGACUCAACCGGCUCUUUCUGACGCACUCAAGCGAUGGAUUGAGGUCAUAGAUCAAUAUGACUUCAAGUUUGAGUAUCUGAAGGGAGAGUACAACAAGGUUGCAAAUGCGCUAUCACGUAGGGCAGACUACCUAGGUGCGCUAGUUUCUGACUUUGGCGUAUUUGAUGAAGUAACUCAAUCGUUGGUGGGAGCCUAUCAGGAAGACCCUGUCACGAUGGACAUCAUUCGCAAACUUCAGGCAAAAGACAAGGCCACAGAGAGUGAGUUUGUAAUGGCGGACGGGCUUCUCUAUCUUGAUAAGGCCGGAAUAAAAAGGUUAGUAAUUCCAUCUAGUGAACGUUUGCGUAGUUUGUUUCUAGGAGAAUUCCAUGACGCAACCGGACACUUUGGCUACAAGAAGACGAGUGCUAAUCUAGUACAACGAUUUUGGUGGCAUGGAAUGUUAGAUGACGCCAAAAAGUACGUAGAGACCUGUCAGGCCUGUCAGCGGGACAAGCAGCGAACUCAAGCACCGCUUGGUUUGUUAAAGCCUUUACCUAUUCCCGCUGGUCCAGGACAGAGUGUCUCCAUGAAUUUCAUGGACACCCUAGUGACCAGCAAGAGUGGCAAGAGGCACAUAUUCGUCAUCAUCGAUCGAUUCACCAAGUAUGCUAGACUAGUUACAAUGCCAGAGACCGCAAGGACUGACCAUGUCAUCAAGUUGUUCAAGGACGACUGGGUGCGUUCAAGGACAACUGGUUGGGGACUCCCUGCUGCAGCACCCACCAAGGUGAUGAAGAUGGCUGCCACCAUAGCCAGCCGAGGCUGCCCGACGGCGGUAGCUGAAAAACAGCGACUUCAGGCCGAAGCUGACACAGAUGCCCAGGUCCGCCACAAGGAGGCCCAGGAUCUGCUACAACGGCACGAAGCCGCGAGCAUCGAAAAGCUAAAGUUCUGGCAUUUUGAACCAUCUGAGAACCACGAAGACGCGACACCUGAAGAGCAGCAUAAGGAAUUUCUCGCCAAACUCGUGACCCAGUUGGUUUACACUUGUAACUUGCAGUCCGAGCUGGCGAAUCUCCGACGGGCGGUGUGGAACCACAAGGAUCUGCAUGAGGAUGCUACACGGGAACUUGAUUCCCGUGUACAGGACUUGCAGCAAGUUGCACCAAGACCAGAUGCUGACGAGUCCAGCAGUGCACCCUCUACCCGCCAAUUGGAGGAACGAGUUGACCACGUAGUCGCAAUACUCGGCGACAUCAGCACCUUCGCUGCACCAGCCACCAUCAGCAAGCAGCUCGACACCUUGAAGACCGAGGUUCAGCAACUGCACCAACUGCCCAACAGGGAUGGCAAUACCAGUGCGCAGCACUACAAGAUGUCGACAUUCCGCAUCGUAAAGUUCGAUGAUUAUACGCAUCAAGAUCCGGUCCCCUGGUGGGAGGGCUUCACGACGGAACUUCGGAUUCUUUUCGUCCCCAAGCACUCGUACAUCGACACGUUGUUCCUCAACUCAAAGGGCGGAUGCCAAAUCUGGCUCAGCCACCUGGCAACCAUCCACGGCGUCCAGGUCACCGAUCUACAUAAGAAGAUCUCUUGGGAAGAGUUGACGAAGCUAUGGAAGAAGCGGUUCAUCGUGGACGACGCCCCGACGAUCGCCAUCAACCGCCUCUUUGCCAUGUCCCAAGGCAACACACCGGCACGCAACCGGCUCACGAAAUGGCAAAAGAUCGUGGCAACGCCCGAUCUCGAGUUGCCAUUUUCGCAUUUGCGCCGAGAAUUCUACAACCGGUCAUGUGCUGCCUUGAGCCUCGCACUUGGUGAUCACGAGCAAUACACGACCUUCGCCGAAAUCAUCGAGAAGGCAAGGGAGAUCAUCAAGACCAACAAGGCGGCUGCACACGAGAAGUCAGCAUGGCAGCCAACCUAUGUGGAGAAAGAUAAAUUUGGUCCGCGUCCGCAGCAUGUCGCUGCAAUCCAACCGGACAACAUUGUGGAAGACCCCACAGCCACCCAAGUAUCACGUGAGGGAGAUCAGGUGGCCGCUGUCCAACCCGUUUCGAGGAAGUCGCAGCCCACGCAAGUCACGUUGGCCGACGGUCACACGCACAAGUCAAUCGACCAGUGCAUUGAUGUCGUCCCCGUGUACUUUGCCCCUCAUGCAAGCGAGGUUGUGUCCUUCGACGUUUUGGACACAAAGUUUGACAUGAUUUUGGGCAUGUCAUGGCUGCGAAGCGAGGAUCACACAGCGAACUUCUGCCGCCGCACCGUUCACGCUUGUGAUCGGAACGGAGUACUAGUCUCGUGCCCGGUGCCUCCACCUCAUCCUUCGAUCAGCUGUCACGUGGUAUCCGCCGCAAGCAUUCGAGCUUCCAUCACCCGGGACGACAUCAAGGAGAUGGGCGUGUGUUUUCUCCACGCCCUCCCUCCCCAUGACAUAUCAUCGACGGACGCAUCGACAGAUCCACGCAUCACUGAGCUUCUCAUCGCCUACGACGUGUUCGAAGUUCGGCACAGAGUAGUACCGGAUCGGCCCAUUCGCCACGAGAUCAUCCUUGAGGUCGGGGUCGUACCUCCGCGUGGUUGCAUCUACCGCAUGAGCGAGGAAGAGUUAAGUGUGCUACGGUCACAACUCAACGACCUUCUCGAGAAAGGCUGGAUUCGGCCUAGCUCCUCGCCAUACGGUGCUCCCGUUCUCUUCAUCUGGAAGAAGAACAAGGACUUGUGGUUGUGCAUUGAUUAUCGCAAGCUCAACUCGCAAACCGUCAAGAACGUCGGCCCUUUCCCACGCAUCAACGACCUCCUCGAACGGUUAGGCGGCGCCAAGUUCUUCUCCAAGCUCGACCUCAAAUCGGGAUAUCACCAACUCGAGAUCCGGCAGGAGGACCGAUACAAGACCGCGUGUUAGACGCGAUAUGGGCAUUUCGAAUGGCUGGUUAUGCCUUUUGGCGA